AUGCAGGGGUUGCGAAGCAGAAUAGGAGGACGUAAGGACAUACAGAGGGCUUGCGACACCCCAUCUUCAAGUGAACAGAAGGGUGGUCGUUGGCCAAGGGAGUGUCCACGACAUCUGGUCAACCGUGCUAAACCGGAUCGCAUUUACACAGCAUGCAAGGGUGUUUGGGCCAAGUUGCGAAUGCAUGAGGCAAAUGUGAAGUUCUCAGACCACUCCACCCUGCUGGCAAGGCAAAAGGAAGCCAAGGAAGACGGGUAUCAAAAGAGAUCCAAACGUGCUCUCUGCGCAAAAGGCAUAAAUAUCGCCAUCAUCUCCCGGGUGUAG